GUUGCUAAGACUGUGGGUCGCCGGAGGUGGUGGAAGUUAGUUUUGGCAACCAGGGCCUGAGAGAGGUCAAGGGUCAUUGCAGAACCAGGGAGGAGAUGGUGAAGCAGACGAUCCAGAUAUUCGCAAGGGUGAAGCCCCCUGUCCGGAAGCACCAACAAGGGAUUUAUUCCAUAGAUGAAGAUGAAAAAUUAAUACCUAGCUUGGAAAUUAUCUUACCACGUGAUUUGGCAGAUGGGUUUGUGAAUAAUAAGCGAGAAAGCUACAAAUUUAAAUUUCAAAGAAUUUUUGAUCAGGAUGCAAAGCAAGAGACCAUUUUUGAAAACAUUGCCAAACCAGUUGCUGGAAGUGUCCUGGAAGGUUACAAUGGUACUAUCUUCGCAUAUGGGCAAACAGGCAGCGGGAAGACAUUCACUAUCACAGGGGGUGCAGAGCGUUACAGUGACAGAGGCAUUAUCCCAAGGACACUGUCAUACAUUUUUGAACAGUUACAAAAGGACAGCAGCAAAAUGUAUACAACGCACAUUUCCUAUUUGGAAAUCUACAACGAAUGUGGUUAUGAUCUUUUGGAUCCAAGACAUGAAGCCUCCAGUUUGGAAGAUUUGCCGAAAGUGACAAUACUGGAGGACCCUGAUCAGAACAUUCACCUGAAAAACUUGACUCUCCAUCAGGCAACCACAGAGGAAGAAGCUCUGAAUUUGCUUUUUUUAGGAGACACCAACCGAAUGAUUGCAGAGACUCCUAUGAACCAAGCUUCAACUCGUUCCCACUGCAUUUUUACUAUUCAUUUGUCAAGCAAGGAACCAGGAUCUGCAACAGUACGACACGCCAAACUCCAUCUGGUUGACCUGGCUGGUUCAGAGCGAGUCGCGAAGACUGGAGUAGGGGGCCAUCUUCUAACCGAGGCCAAGUAUAUCAACUUGUCACUACAUUACUUAGAACAGGUUAUCAUUGCCCUUUCAGAAAAGCAUCGUUCACACAUUCCUUAUAGAAACUCCAUGAUGACCAGUGUCCUACGAGACAGUUUGGGAGGGAACUGCAUGACAACUAUGAUUGCAACACUCUCCUUGGAGAAAAGGAAUCUCGAUGAGUCUAUAUCUACAUGCAGAUUUGCACAGCGAGUGGCACUCAUAAAGAAUGAAGCUGUUCUUAAUGAAGAAAUUGAUCCCAGAUUGAUGAUUAAACGCCUACAAAAGGAAAUCCAGGAACUGAAGGAUGAACUGGCCAUGGUCACUGGGGAGCAGAGGACAGAGGCACUCACAGAAGCAGAGCUCCUUCAGCUGGAAAAACUAAUAACAUCCUUUUUGGAAGACCAGGAUCCAGAGAGUAGAUUAGAGGUUGGCGCAGAUAUGCGUAAAGUUCAUCACUGUUUUCAUCAUUUAAAGAAACUAUUGAAUGACAAGAAGAUCUUUGGAAACAAUACAGUCUCCAAUACAGUCUCCUCUGAAAGCAAAGACCAAGACUGUCAAGAAGCAUUAAAAGAGGAAGAAUAUAGAAAGCUACGAGAUAUUCUAAAACAGAGAGAUAAUGAAAUCAAUAUCCUGGUCAACAUGUUAAAAAAAGAAAAGAAGAAAGCUCAGGAGGCCCUCCACUUGGCUGGUAUGGAUAGACGUGAAUUCAGACACUCCCAGAGCCCACCCUUCCCCCCGGGAAACCCAGAAGAAGGUCAAAGGAUGCGACUAUCCUCAGCUCCCUCACAGACCCAGGACUUCAGCAUUUUGGGGAACAGAUCCAGUUUGCUCCACAAGAAAACAGGAAUGAGAGAGGAAAUGUCUUUAGGACGCCAGGAGGCUUUUGAAAUCUUCAAGAGGGACCACGCUGACAGCGUUACCAUCGAUGACAACAAACAGAUUCUGAAACAGAGAUUUUCUGAAGCCAAGGCCCUGGGAGAAAGCAUAAAUGAAGCAAGAAGUAAAAUUGGUCACCUGAAGGAAGAAAUCACCCAGCGGCAUAUACAGCAAGUAGCCCUAGGAAUCUCGGAAAACAUGGCGGUGCCUCUGAUGCCAGACCAGCAGGAGGAGAAGCUGCGAUCACAACUGGAGGGAGAAAAGAGAAGGUAUAAAACAAUGUUCACUCGCCUGAAAGCCCUGAAGGUGGAGAUCGAGCACUUGCAGCUGCUCAUGGACAAAGCCAAGGUGAAGCUACAGAAAGAGUUUGAAGUCUGGUGGGCAGAGGAGGCCACCAACCUGCAGGUAAACCCUCCAGCAGUGAACUCACUCGAUCACACGAAGCCGUUUCUCCAGACAUCUGACUCCCUGCAUGAACAGUCCCAACUCUUCUCUAACAAAAGUUCUGGAGGCUGGGAAGUCCAAGGUCAAGGCACUGGCAGAUUCGAUGUCUGUGAUGUGAAUGCCAGGAAAAUCCUGCCCUCGCCUUGCCCCAGUCCACACAGCCAGAAACAGAGCAGCACCAGCACCCCACUGGAAGACAGCAUCCCCAAGAGGCCAAUGUCGUCCAUCCCUCUCACCGGAGACAGCCAGACGGACUCGGACAUCCUGGCCUUCAUCAAAGCCAGACAGAGCAUUCUGCAGAAGCAAUAUCUUCAGCUCCUUUGUUCUCUGUCCCCGAAGUCAGCUGUCUCCUUCGCUCAGCCAUCUACAAACAGGAAGGGGCUGAGCGAUGUUUUGGUAACUCGUUGAACCCCUGGCUCGAAGACUCACUCCCCUCUCAGAGUGUGUUUCUUGCCAAAG